CACAAGCUUAUCAGGCCCUAGGACAGCGAACAAAGGCAAACUGGGGGCCGCGAGGGUCUGCGCAAAGCGUACAGGGCAAACAAUUGAUUUCAGAUAGAAGGGCUUUCGCUGAAUGACCGGUCUUCAUCAUCUAGCGUGAUAUCUUUCCAAGAGGCGAGAGCCUGGGAACCAUCACUCUGAGGCUGCUGCCCGGGGAGGAGGAGCCAUGGCGAGCAGCGUCUGGACUGCCACGGUUUGGGGAAAUGGGAAGGCCGCCAUCAUCGCCUCUAACAACAGAAAGAUUCGUCCUGGCGAGGAGGAAUGCUUUAUCUGCAAAGAUGACGUGCCGGCCUCAGUUGCACUGCGUCCGUGUGGACACGAAAUUUGCUUCGGCUGCGUGGAGAACCUUCGCGCGAAGAACAUCUUCAGGGCUGACAAGGGCGUGAAGUGCCCUUUCUGCCGCCAGUACGUGGAGCAAUACGACCCCUGCAACAGCGCGGACCCAGAGCAGGUGCGGCUGCUGAAUGAGGCCAACCGCGCAGCCGCGUUCGCGCAGGCCAGCCGCGCGCCCGGCGGCUCAGCAGCAGGCUCGGGCGGCGGGGGCGGCGGGGGCGGUGCUGCUACUCACGACAACUGGAUGUGUGGCACCUGCCGCUGCCUGAACCUGGCGCACCGUGACGAGUGCGGCUCCUGCAGGCGGGCCAACCCGCGCGGCCCCCGGCCGACCGCCAUCACGGCCAGCACCCGUGGGAAGGAUGUGCUCAAGUGCUCGGAUGAUGAGGUCAUCGGGUUUAUUCAGGAGAAGCAGCAGCCUAACCUGCAGCGCUGCUACCAGGAGAUUGGCAUCCGCGUCGGGGCGGGCCGCGUGGUGUCUGACGAGGACACGCCCCGCCGCAUCCUAAACGCCUUCAAGCAGCGCGGCGAGGAGCGCAUGCUGCGACUCAUCAACGUUGUGUCAGACCCAGGCGUGUUCUACGAGUGCUCCACGCACUUCCUGGGCAACUACGGCAUGCAGUCGCUGGUGGAGGCCACGCUGCUCAUCCGGAAGGCGCUGGCGGAGGCAGAGGCGGAGGGCCAGCACCCGCUGCAAUCGUUCCGCGAGUCGCACGAUGGCCGCGACCCACACGGCGUGCUGCUGUACGCGGCGCUGUCGCAUGCCAUGGAGCUGUCCACGGACGAACGCGCCAACUACAUCGUGCAGAAGCUGGCUGACUACGCCACGCCCUUGGAGCUGGUGGACAUGUGCGGCACGCUGUUCCCGCAGGGCCCAUCGCUGGCGCAGAACCACAAGGGUGUGCACGUGAUGAACAAGCUCAUCAUGGCUAAGAAGCGGAUCAGGGCCAACGGCCACCACGGCGCCGGGCUCGGCGGCCGCGGCGGCGGGCGCUUCGGCGGCCGGGGGCAGCACCAGCAGCAGGCGCACGUCACGCCGGCGCCGCCGGCGACGUUCGAUGCGUCCUAUUCUGCGGAGGGGUUGUUCGACCCAGCCGCGCCCGUGCAGGCCAGCAGUGGAGCUGACGGCUGGGCAGCGGCGGCGGACGGGACAGAUCCCUGGGCCGCGUCCACAGGGGCCGACGGCUGGGCGGCGGCACCGGAGCCGGCCAACGCGCAGCCGCGGCAGCAGGCGCAGCAGCCGGCAGCUGCGGCCACCCACGUCGGCCACGCGGCAGGGCUGGCGAUCCUGCAGUCGCUGCAGACUCAACAGCAGCCGCAGCAACAGCAGCACAGCCACGCGCCUGCAGGGGUGGCGGCCGCUGCCCCCGCACCAGCACACCCACAGCCGCAGCCGCAGCCCGUGAUGGUACCGCCACUGGUGGUAUCAGCAGCAUCUGCGGCAUCCCACAGCGCACCGGUUGCGGUGCCACGGCCACACCCGCUGCUCGCGGUAAACCCUGCACUUGCGGCGGCGCGGGCGCUGCACCAGCAGAACCACGCGUCAGCGAACGGGCCGGCGUCGCCUGGCCAGCCCCACAUCGUCACGCGGCAGAUUGUGACGCCCACGGUUGUGCAUGUCACGCCUCAGGUGCACCACCAGCAGCUGCAGCAGUACCAAUCGCAACCGCAGUACACGUCGGCGGGGGUGGCGCCGCCGGCGGCUGCGCUGCCGCGCCCCAACCUGGGCUUCCCCAUGGCUCUGUCCAACCCAGCCAUGGCCGUGCUCAACAACACAGCUGGCAUUGCGGCGUUUGCGCCGCGGCCGGUGACGGCGGUGCCGGUGGCCGUGCCGAUGCCGCAGCCAAUGACAGCUGCCGCGCCACACGAGGUGCCGGUGGCCGUGCCGCUUAACAGCAUGCCGCCGCCGCAGCCGUCGGCAACCCUGAUGGCGUUUGCACGGUCCGCGCCCGUCAACGGUCCCGUGACAACCACCAGCAGCGCCGCGGCAGCAGCCGCGGCUGGCGCAGCACCGCGCCCGGCCGCGCAACCGCAGGCGCCUCUGCCUCCGCCUCCGCCGGCGGGCGCUCCUGCACCGGGUGGCUGGUGAUCUGCACGUACGAGCACAACGGCGGCAAGGGGCAGUUCCUGGCGUGUGCAAUCUGCGGCUGCAAGCGCGGCAUGGAGGAGCUACCGUCUGAAGGCGCUCGGCAGAUUCUGUGACGGUGAUGCGUGCACCCCUAAGGAGUAGGCGGCUUCGUAGACAGUGCGUCAGGCAGGGCUAGGAUCGGCUGCAGGUGUAGGCAAUGUGCUAUAACGGGGGCCAGGUCGCAGAGGAAUCCCUCUGUAGCUUGAACAAUGCGAGAGCGAGGUGCUGUAGGUGAAGCUGGCAGGCUCGAUAGCAGCAGCACGCACGUCCAGCUCCGGUGCAAGGCUUAUGUCCGGCGCAGAAAUGCUGGGGCGUGCAUGGUCAGUCUAGCUGCAGGCAAACAGGCAAGCACAUUGGGGUUACCGGGCAACCACAUUGGGGUUACCGUGUGGCGCGUAUAAACUGUAAGAAUGCGGAUGU